AUGUUCUCCGUGGCAUCUCUCCUCAAUCCUGUCAAGUCAGAACCGCGAGGUAUACGAUUGCCAUCAAGUCCCUCGGUGUCGCUCUGUACUUCGUCUUCGACUCAUGGAAGCCCUCAGUUGUCGACUCAGCCUUUAGUUAAGAAGCAGAAGAUGACUAAGGACGGUGCCAUUUUUGCCAAGGGCAAGAUUAAGGGUGAGGUAAGGUACCCGCCGUUUGAAAAUCUCGACGAGGAAGCGAUGAGCGAAGUCCAGAAGUUCCAAGUCUUCCCGCUCGGGGAGAUCCAGGAGUACUGCCGUCACAUUCCUUAUAACAGCGAGAAGAAGAGCUUUCUUGACAAGACUGGACGGGAAAGUUUUGAAGUAUUCCAGUACACAUUCAAAGUCCCCGGAGACGACAAGAAUUAUACAGUAUUUUGGGACUACAACAUUGGGCUCGUUCGAAUUACACCCUUCUUCAAAUGCUGCAAAUAUUCCAAGACGACACCUGCAAAAAUGCUCAACAUGAACCCUGGCCUGAAGGAGAUCACUCACAGCAUUACUGGCGGAGCAUUGGCAGCACAAGGUUACUGGAUGCCAUAUUCUUGCGCCCUCGCCGUUUGUACGACCUUUUGCGCACACAUAGCGGGCGCGUUGAUCCCCAUUUUCGGCCCAACAUUUCCCUCACUCUGCGUCCCACCAGAAGCCCCCGAACACGGCCGCUGGACUAUCGACCCAGCCAUCGUCGUCGAAGCCACUACCGAAGCCGAGAACUACCGCACACAAUACAGCAGCUUCUCCACUCCAAAGUCUGCCCACGAGAGCUACUCCCCCCAGCAACGUAUCUCUGAGAUGCGCACCACGCCACCAAAUGGACUAAGUCGCCGUCUUCAUCUCAAGAGGACUUUUGGAUGCGAUAGUCCGUAUGGCACGCCGACUGAUACGGAUUUGGAGACGAAUGGUGGGGGUAGUGAAACGAGCAGUGGGGAUGGGUAUUUCUGCUCGCCUAUUACACCGGUUAGUGCUGGCAGCCUUAACCUGAACCAGCAGCACAAUUGGCAGCCGCACAACGUGAUCUCGCACAGCGCCAAUUCAUCAAUGAAUGUCUCGCCUCACCAUAAGCUCGCACCAGGCCUCAAUCCGAUUCUCAGUGCCAUUCCCCGCUCUGCGGACGUCCCGAUGGGUGGUAUGUGGCCGACUAUUAAGCGACGAGUUGAUGAAGUCGAUGCAGAUGAUGAAUAUGAUGGUGCAGAGAGCGCGAGUGUCACAGAUGACAAAGUAAGUGACAAUGGGAAGGGCAGUGAUAAGGAGAUGGAGGACGUGAUUAUUGGAGGCGCGGAUAAGAAGGCAGCUUGGCUCUUGAUGAAACUUAGUGUCCAGGAUGGAGAGUGCAGUGCCGAAGCUUCUCGAGAGACAUAUGAGCUGGACGGCCCAAGGAUCAAGAGAAGGCGCGCUACCUCCAUGUAA